CGGUGUAUUGAUAGUACAGAAGAGCGAAUAAACUUAAGUAAACUGGUCGUAGAGAUUAGUAAAAUCUAAAAUGAAUAAAUUAGAAACAACUAAGGAAAUUAUACAAUCGCUACCGACGGCCCCACCAUCGUUAUGCUUCAAUAAGGAAGAAUUUAUGAAGAUUACAUUUAAUGUAGAACAUUUUGUUGUUGACUGCCGACGUCACACAACUUUAGAUAUUUUGAGAAAUGAUCUUCAUAUGUAUUUGAAAAUUUUGGAAAGUGCCAUGGUUGAACUUAUCAAUAAAGAUUAUGCAGAUUUUCUCAACCUAUCCACAAAUCUUGUCGGCAUGGAUAAAAUGAUAAACAGUUUAAUACAACCAAUGAACAAGAUGAAGUCUGAUAUCACUGGAAUCAAAGUGGUUGUCAGUCACAAAAUAAAUGAAAUCAAUGAAAAAAUGAAGAUGAAAACAAAAAUUGUUGAAAAAAAAGAAAACUUAAUAAAAAUGAUGAAUAUGAUCCAGUCCCUUGAGAAGUUGGGAAUGUUACUAGGGUUGUCGAGCAGUAAAUCUGAAGGAAAUAUGAGGAGCACCAUUAAUAAAAUCAUUAGCAACAAACAUAACACCAAACACAACCAACUCAUGGCUAGAGUGGCCAUUGAUUUCAACCAGCUGAAGUUUUUCGUAGAAAGCAACAAACAAUUACCUUUAACAAAAGAAAUUGAACCAUACAUAAAGGCAAUCUCCGAUGUUCUACUGAUCAGUCUGGAGGCCCCUUUGAAAGAAUGCUUCCUACAUAUUAAUCGAAAUAAGAAUAGUGAUUUCAUUAGCAACAACAACAAUGGUGAUGAUGAUGACAAUGAUGAUGACUUGGUCAGCUGUUUGCGAACAUAUGCAAGCAUUGAUAAAAUGAAUUUGGCCGAAGAUCUUUUCAGAAGUGUUGUUGUCAAGGAGUACAUGCAAACAGUGAUUAAUGAGGAAAUAAUAAAGGAGAAAGGAUUAAAAUCCAUGUAUGAUAAAGUUCUGGAGUUUGUACCCAAGUACUGCUCCCCGUUGACAUCCAUCACUUCUAAUUCCCUGGAAGCAAUCCUGGGUUAUGAUUUCAUAGUGAAUGCAGUGUGGCCAGAAAUUGUUCAUCACCUCGAGUUUAAUACCCCUUCCAUAUUUGCUCCUGGCAACCCUGACACGUUCCAUAAAGCAUACACAACCAGUGUUGAAUUCAUGGAUAGAUUUGAACUGCAGCUCAGCUCACAAGCCAGUGUUAAGAGAUUGAGAGCCCACCCAUCUUACAUCUCGUUCAUUUCAAAGUGGCCCACUUCUGUUUACUUUCAAAUCAGAUUUCAAGAAAUUGGUGGCCUGUUAGAGUUGUCCUUAGUUAAUCCAUUCAAUCUUGUUAAAGAUAUGAAAGAAGGGGGAGACACACACCUGGAUAGGAAGUUCAGCCUAGCUGCAACCUUAAACUUGUGCAGGUGCGUGUCCAGGUGCUGGCACCCUUCGGUGCAUGUGCACUCAUUGGGGCACAGGUUCUGGAAGUUAUCGAUGCAAUGUGUUGCAAGGUAUGAAAGGUUUAUCUCUCAACUAACAACUCAUAUAAAAGACAUAAAUAGCUCCUUGAAGAGCAGCUCAAUAACUCGAGUUGAAUCCCUCUCUUCAGUUAUGUCCUCUGGAAUUCGAAGAUCACUGGACCCCUGCGAACAAUUCAACUCAUCAUCUUCAUUACCUCCAACGAUGAGCACUUCAUGUCUACCUUCACUUACCAAGCAGCAGUAUGUACAGUUAGGUGAAGAUGGAGUUAGUGCCAAUAACUCCAAUCAGGACAACAGCAACAACAACUGUGUCAGCAACGAUGUGCAAGUCAAUGUGCAUGCCGCUACCAUUCUUGCUGGUGAUAUUAGGAAGGCCAUUAUGACCCUCACUGACAUAUUCACUGAUGAGAUGAAGCCAAUGUUAUUAAAAGUAACUGGAAUUAAUAUGUGCUUAACAGAAGAGGCAUGGUGUUACGGCCUGAGAUCCCUUUCACAGCACAUCCCUAUUUCCAUUCAAUUCAUAUCCAAUGAGAUCUCACUUUCUUGCAUGAGCGAGUUGAAAUCCGUUAAUGACAUCCCCAGGCUAUACAAGAGAACCAACAGAAAUGUGCCAUCGAAAGCAUCGGCGUACGUUGGUAACAUCAUGGUGCCUCUCUUGCAAUUUAUGAAAGAUCAUGACGGAUUGGUGCACGAAGAGGACAAACAAUCCAUCUUUAAUGACGUCAUUUCUAACGUUACUGAGGCCUAUAUAAAGGUGACAACAGAAGUUCUGGCGUCAAUGAAGAAGAUGGAAGAAAGUUUGAAAAGAUUGAAAGCAGCCAGGGGCACCAGCGUUGAAACAAGCAAUCCAGGAAUGACAGAUGAUGAUAAAAUCAGACUACAACUUUCAUUAGAUGUUCAAUUCUAUUCCCAACAGGUUAGAGUGCUCAAGCCAUCAGACGAAAAGAAGGCAUUGGAUAAAUUAAUACAAAUCGUUUCGAACGCUCAAAGUACUAGAAGAGAAACGUGUUUGGUGGGAUACAAACCAGCUCCUUCCUCGUUGAAACUGAUUUGCAAAACUCAUUAAAUCCAUUUUGCAUCACGUUUUGCUCAUGUUUUUUUCAUGAAGUUCAUAAAUACAUGAUUUUUACGGCUCA